CCUCAACUCUUCUUCAAUUCUUCAGUUUUUUCACACCAGCGUCCAUUUGACUUACCUAUUCAGCUGAUUGGCUGAGUAUCAAGAAAAGAAUAGUCUCUCAAAUUCCAAUCCAGAAUCCACAAGUCUUCAACAUGACCAUCAUACCAGCACGGAAGGCUGUUGCUUUUGCCGUUAAGAAGGGGCAAGACAUCAAAGUUUCUAACACUCAUGGCAAGCAAGUUGUGGACUUUUGGGCUUUCAACCCAAGCGACCCUCAUGACUUUCUCUCCAUGGUCCACACAAGGACCAUCCUCUUGAAAGUGUCAAUCGCCAAAGGCGACAAGCUAUACAGCACACGAAGGAAGCCCAUCUUGACUUUGACCGAGGAUACGACUAAAGGUGUUCAUGAUAUAAUAUGGUCAGCUUGUGAUGCCGAAAGAUACCGCAUGCAAGGAUAUGAUGGUUGCCAUGAUAAUUGCACGGACAACAUGCAUAAGGCUUUGAAAGAUGGGUUUCCUGAUUUCAAAAUCGCGGAUGACUGGGUUCCAGAUCCAUUGAAUCUCUUUAUGAACGUUGCGAUCGAUCACCGUGGACAAUUAGACAUCAAAGUGCCCACCAGCGAGAAGGGACAGUAUGUGUUGUUCCGAGCCGAAACGGAUUUAAUAAUCGUCAUGAGCUCCUGUCCACAAGAUAUGGCGCCAGUGAAUGGAGGAAUGCCCACAGAUUGCGAGUACCAGGUCAUUGGCCAGACUGAUUCCUCUGCUGAGUCCCAAAUAACGAUUCCUCAAAGCAUGCCGUCUACUCGUCGCCGCAAAGUGAAGGUCGCCCUCUCGUUUGAUUUCGACGCAGUGUCACACUGGCUUGGAACUGGUUGCCAUCCAGAUAACAACAUGGCUGAUUACAGCUCCGGAAUCUUCGCUGGUCAAGUAGGCGCAAUACGCCUUCUUUCGAUUCUGAAAAAGUAUGGCAUUGCCGACAAAGUCACUUGGUUCAUCCCUGGCCACACAAUUGAGACCUUUCCAGAAUCCGCUCGUGCAGUUGUCGAUUCCGGCGCCGAAGUUGGGCUUCAUGGAUACUCACACGAAGGGAUUUAUCAGAUGACAGAAGAGCAAGAGACAGACGUUCUCAAGAAAUGCAUUGAAGUCGCUACCAAGCUCGUGGGAAAGAAACCUCGUGGAUAUCGCGCGCCAAUGUAUACGAUCCGAGAAACCACCAUCAAGCUUUUGCGCCAGCACGAGUUUCUUUACGAUACUUCACUCAUGCACCACGACUCGCAGCCGUAUUUCACGCCUAGCGACCCGCCGAUCAAGAGGAUAGAUUUCUCCCAACCGGCCUCCUCGUGGUUGAAGCCGACUUCAAUUGCAUCUCAAUCUUAUCCCGAUGGUUUGCACCCACUCGUGGAGAUACCUUGCGGCUGGUACAACGAAGACAUGAUGCCACUACAGUACCUCCCACAUCUGGCAAAUAGCAUGGGCUACGUAUCAACUCGUGUCGUCGAACAAAUGUGGAAAGACAAGUUCAUGUGGCUCUGGGACAACGGCAAGGAAGGAACCGAGUCUCUUGAUUUCAUAUUCCCCAUUCUGAUGCAUCCCGACACCAGUGGGAUGGCACACAUCAUUGGCAUGUCUGAGCGUGUUAUCCAAUGGCUGCAGGGAUUUGGAGAUCAGGUGGAAUUUUGUACUCAUGAACAGAUUGCAACGGCUUGGCUGGCGGAGAAAAAGCAGCUGGCUGGAAAAGUUUGAUUUUCUUUAUCUAGUUUGUAACCAUUGUCCG